AUGCCGCUACCAAGAUCAGCCGCCCUCCGAGGCACCCUCCGGUCUUUUUCCUUCAGACGUGCAGGAACCCAAGCUCGAACCAGUUUCCGCCAAGUUGGUCGGAGGACUUACGCCACUGAACAUGGUGCAUCAAAGGGCAGCGAUAUUCCUUGGUUAAUUGGUUCCCUCGUCGUUACCAUCCCAGCCGCAGCUUGGUUAUGGCAGCAAGGACCGCAAAUAUCCGAUCACGGCCACGAAUCCCAUUCCACAGAGAAGCACGAGGAAGCUCCACCCGAGGAGCCAAAAGAAGAAGAGCCAUCAGAAGAAGAACCGCCGAAAGAAGACUCGGCGAGCACUGAAGAAGGAGGAAAGGAGGAAGAGACCCAGGAUGAAGCCAAGGAAGAGUCAUCCGAUGAAAGCGGCGACAAAGAACCAACUCCCAAGGGUACCGCGUUGCCAGAAGAUCAAUCCAAAGAAUCAGAAGAAAAGGGUGCCAAGGACGCGCAAGGCGAUGUGUCUGGAGCAAACAAUCCUUUCAUGGGGGACGAGGAGAGAAGCAAAAAGCCUGAGGGUAUGGAAGCGACGGCCAAGAUUCACGGCACUGUGGACACUUCGCAGCGGUCUAGUAAAGGCCACCACGAGAGCGGUCAAAAGGACGACUGA